CAGUUGUCCUUUCGGGCUAAGAAUAUAUUAUGGAUGCCUAACUAGUCAAAGUCUCUUAUUUCCAGAUGUUGAGUUCCACAUUAAUAGUAGCUUCAAAAUCCGUCUUCAAGCGUUUGGGCCCGACCCCUUGGUCCCACUUAGGGUGCAGGCGGCAAGUGUCCACAUGUCGAGUGGCCCAAUCUAUGAAAAGGACACCAACUUCCAAUCUCCGAUUGGGAUUGAUGCCUCAAACCUGGUUCCGAUCCUUCGAGCGACGUAUAGACAAAGUGCCUAGAGAUUUUGAUCUAAUUUACCGAAUAGACAAAAUCAGCAUGGUGGGAACAAUGCAGGCUAUUCAACCCAUGCUCCUGGUGGCUGGUUUUUACACGUUCUUCUCAGCUCCCAAGGAAUGUGAUGAUAUAUCUUUUCUGGCCAUAAACGUGUCACAAACCCAGUUAUUCUUCGUCGGUGCCUAUGUGUUGACCAUUGCCGGGUUCCUUCAAAUAAGUUUGAAUAGACUUGUCCUGAGAAUCUAUUACAACGAAGACGAGGACUUAUUUUACAUGAUACACUACCAUCCGUUCAUUCCCUUUAAAACCCGACGUCAACUGCUUGGACCGGGGUGUCUGAAAGUACUAGCAAACGACUCAAAUUUGCAUUGGCUGAGCGGAAGCCAUCAAAUACUACCCAAUGAAGGAAAGAUUACGCUUAACAGAGAGCUCUUCCGAGCUCCUCAUUUGUAUAGGCUCAUGUUAAAGGAUGAGGUGCCAUAACGGCAUUAUGGCGUUUGAAAAUUCGACCAAUAAAUUUCGAUUGCCAGACAUAUGACUCUGCUUACAAUUUUAUGAACGACCUUGAGACAUGCGUUGCUCGAAGGGGUGGAAAGCUGGAACCACCGUUCUGAUUGACCUACCGAAGGCGCGUACACCUUGAAUUCGUCGUCGUUGUCGUCGUCGAAAACCUGGGCCUGAGAAAAAAUGUAUACCUGGAUUUGUGCUUUCGGGGCCUCCGGUCCGUCUCUUUCUUUCUCAAAUGAAUUGGAUCCUUCGUCCCAAAGGCUAGAUCGGUUAAGAUUGCAUGCGGCACAGAGGACCUUGCCUCUCUCUCAUUCCCUCGCUCUUUUCUGCCACGAGGAUCUCAUUGGAAUGAGCUCCAGGGAUUUCACGAAGAGUUGGUGCAUUAUUGAACAUUGAAAUGUAGAGCAACGUAAAGAAAUAAGCAAUGAACGAAGUUCUCACCUCACCUGUUCCCAGUUUCCGCCCUCCAUCAACCCCUGAUUGUUCAAGUGAUGUAGACACGGGAACCCAAACCGAUUGGGGAGGUUCUCCACCACGUUCCAAAAGAAGCAAUGAUAAAUCAUUGGACGACUGUCUUGGCAUCCUGCAAGGAGAAAUAUGGAAGAUUCUGAGCGAUCUAAGUCUCGAGGAGGUGGAACUAAAGGUGGGGAAAACGUUACUCCAACAGGAUCAGGCCGUGGUCUUGGCCUGGAACCAGAUUCAAACUCUGCAUCCCGAUUGGAACCAGUCGUUUGAACCAAACAGCCAAGGUGAUGGGACGUUACUGUACUUAGCCAUUAAAAUCAAGAAACAUGCCGGAAGUAACGAUGAGAACAACAAUGAACCGGCUUCCAACACGUGUCAUAGUGAGCCGACGAAAAAGAGCAAUAAUGCCAGCCCACCAAGGCAACCCAAAAACGGGCGAUUCCGGAACGCCAUCAAGAAAACUUUCCCUCCCAAAGUGUCCUCAAAGUUCAAGCACGAGAGUUCAAUCGGGGUCAAGCCAAUCGAUCCGCAAACCAUCGUUUCGGAUUGGAAGUCUUUAGUCACGCGUCAAAGGGGAGUGAGCUCGAGUGAAUUGAGCGGGCUUUUCAAAGAAGAUCGGUUCAGGCACCGAUCCAAAAAUGAACCCUCAGUUUUUGACGAGAUAGCUCAAGAUUGGGAGAGGGAAUCGUGCCAAUCUAGUCAGACGGUGAUAGAAGAUCUUUCAGCUUCAUCGGUGAUUGCUGGAACGCGGAAGAACAAGAAGUCUGUGCGAUGGAAAGAACAGCUCGAGGAGACCCUCACUCCCCGACCCCGAUCCCAAUCCCAAUCCAAGUCUUGCCAACCCGGAAACGCUCAAAAUCGGCCAGAUUCACUCAGGCAAUCCCGACGUGACAAGUUUGAAAGUUCGUCUGCCCGGCCAAGUGGGUCAAAAAUUUUGGAUCCUGGGAAACAAGGGAAUCAAGCCUCACAAAGGAGGAACGGUAGCUUAGAGUUUCCCAAGCCUAGGAAGAGAAGGCACGAGGUUUUGCACAAACUUGACGAUACCACACCAAGAAGUCGGUCGGUGGAAGUUGAAGAUCCGGUUGGGGUUCUCACUUCUCGAGUGUGUGACUUAGAGUCCCUGGCCAGAAAGAACAAAGUUCCUGAAAUGCACAAUAUGAUACGACGAAGGAGGUGCAAUCAUGCGAAAACUCCGGAGAAUAUUUGGUUUGGGGGGCCCUCAUUCAAGUCGUUCAAUAGUCGCUGUCUGGUGGGUCGUUAUGAUCGGCAUACGCUGGACGAAGAUGCCAAACAAUAUUUCUAUUUCCGAUCUCUUCCACGGAUUUCAAAUUGAUUUGAACAUUUAAACAAAUACACAUUUGGUGUAUAGAAAUUGGCGACCCCCCUUGCCACUCCCCUUGCAACAUUCAUACAGGAUUGGUUUCCGGUUGUUUAACACGCUUUCAUAAAGCCCUAGCCAACUUACCACGUUGCAACUGCAAGAGAAAAGAUUGUACUGAUUACUCUCUCACUAUUUUGGCAGGGUGCUGCUUUUCUGAAUUUAUUCAACCAUACUCUUUAUACAAGUAAAAUCACUAGAUUGAGGAAUUGAGAACCUUGUAAUUGCCUCUCAAUGAGCCAGGCAUUGAGAUUGUUCGACCCUUGUUGAACAUCCUGUUAUCAAUCCUGUCUCCAAGACCACACACGGGUGCUUAGAACUGAUAUUGCAUAAGAUGAAGAAACGUGUCACUUAAAUGUGAGAAUCAAAAUCGUUCUGUUUCUUAAUAAACACUGUGUCAAGAGCUUGAUCAAAAAGAGAAAGAGGCCU